AUGGCUAGAGACCCAGAAAACCAUAACGGGGCUGACGAGCGUUCGGUUCCAGCAGGCAGACGAAGAAGACGGAAAGUAGUGCGCUCGUGCACUUUUUGUCGGCAGCGAAAGCUGAAAUGCGACCAGCAGAAGCCCAUGUGCGGUUCUUGCAGGGGCAGGAAAUUGCCAGAAUGUGUCUACACUAACGGGUUCAAUUUCCAGCUGACGUCGGACGAACUGUUCAGCAGCAAGCCCAACGUGACGCUCAUCCGCCGGAUUCAAGAGCUGGAAGAAGCCCUUGAGAGAGCGUCGCUGGAAGAUGACAUUGCAACGGGCUAUUUGGACCAGCGAGACCACAACACGGACUCCCACAAUACGGAUGCGUCCGCCACCAGCGGCAGCAUUGGCGGGAGCAUUAGCGGCAGCAGCACGAGUGGUAGUGGCACGAGCGGCCCUGGCACGAGCGGCCCUGGCACGAGCGUCAGUGACGACUGUCCUAUGACCUUGGCUGGCUGCGACGCCGGCAAGAACCUCGUUUCCGACUUUCACGUGCUGCGCUCAAAGGACGGCCGCUACAUCUACUACGGGCCCACGUCCAUUCGUGCUGUGAUCACCGCUUCCGGCGACCGGUUUGUCGCUGAGUACAGCAAAGUUUGGCGCAAAGUCAAGACCGAGCUGGACGCUUGGAAAGACAUCCAUGGACGCCUGCUCACAAUGGACUACAGCUCUAUGGAGUCCACCAGCACUGGCAGCUUGAUUGAGUCUGUGAUCCCAGAUCUGCCCGCUUACGAGACCAUCGAGAGCAAGCUUCAUGAAUUCUUUAACGACCCGCUACACACCUACUUUCAAUUUAUGGACAAAGACAAAGUGCUACACGACUUUUCUCGCUGCUUCAUUCCAGGCUACCUUACCAGAAAUGGCAGCGACAGCAUUCCUAGGCGCCAAGUAGCUAUGCUGAUAACCCAGGAUAACAAAAAUUUCUUUACGAUUGGUGUUGUCAUGCUUAUUCUGUGUCUCAACCAUUACAAGACUAAUAUUCCUGCCUCUUUGCAACGACUAUGUGUUUCCCUCAUAGGGUUUACUACUUCCAAAUCGGUUUUCGUCGAAAGAGCUCAAUUUCUGCUACUGGUCUACAUCUUCAGAGUUUACAAUGGUCUCAGUGGUAAUGGAAGCUCCCAUUUGAUUUCUCUAACGUCUUUAUUAUGCACUACGGCUAUGAAUUUGGGCCUGCACAAAGAUAUUGACAAAUUAUACGGAGAUCAAACCGCGAGUGUGGGAUCUUUGAGUUCUUUGAAGAACUUAUGGUACUGGACAUUGUUUGCAGAUUUGAAUGUUUCGUUUGACAUUGGGUCACCUCCCUUUAUAUCACAGGCUCAUUACGACGAUUCGAAACUACCCACUAUGGACCGCGGGCGCAUUCCCUUACUACGAAAAUUUCUACAUGUGGGUAGAAAAUGCUUGCAUAUUGUUUUUGAUCGCACUCGCGCACCGUCUAUGCUGUCACUCGUUUCGCUUUUGACAUCAUUUAUGGAGCUAGAAUUCCGGCCUUUGCGUUAUUAUACCAAUCCGUCUCUUAUUUCAGAAAUUGAUCUUUUUGAAAUCAUGAUUUUGUCACCUACAUUAGCGAUGAUGACGAACUUCUACAAUUUGACCCGAGUUCAGGGCGAACCACUAACAAUAAAGAUCAAAAAUGGGUUUGUUAAAUCUAUGUUGAUAGCCACAUCUGUUGCUGUCAACGCAAUAUUGAGAUGUUAUUCUAUUGACGAACAACGCGUCAAUCUUGUUGGACUUCAACAAUCCAAGGUUUUGACGCCCUCACUUAAUCUUUGCGUCCUGUUGUUGAAUUCGCUUCCGAUUAGAACUUUAACAGAAAUAUACGGGCUCAUGUUCUAUAAGAUCACUCUUUUUGAAAAGGGUCUUAUCAUAUCUAUGGAUGAAGGACUGAUUGAUGGCCCAACUUUAGAUGACUUUUCCGUGCCCGAUGGCCUGUUUCUGUCUUUCCGAGGAAUUUUCAAAACGUUCUGCUCAAUAUUUGACGAACUGUGGAAGCCGGAGAAUGCCAGGAUGACGCAUAUGCUCUGGAACUCCCAUUAUUUUGUAAUUAUGAUGGCUUUGGAACGUGUUAAUAGGACUGUGUUUCAAAUGGGUUUGGAUAGCAGAACCCAAGUCGAAGUGACUCACAACUGGUCAAGGGUUGGUAAUGAUGAGGUUCCUGACGAUAUAGUGAAAAUGCUGGCUGAUGAGGUUUGGAACAAUUACAGUACUGGAUUUACGGACUUGAUAGAGAUGGAUGCAGGCGACUUUUUGACGGAUUUCGAUAUGCUUAAUGGAGAGUGA